AUGUCGACCCUGGUCCGAGUGGCCCAUCUCCGUCAACCGGUGCCUUCGCCGGAGGCUGUUCGCCGCGUCACCGCCGCUGCUACAGCAACAGCCACAGUGGCAACUGCCAGUGGGCCCGCUGCAACCGGUGACAAUAACAGCUAUACCACCGUCGCGCAGCUUCCAACACGACACAUCGUCGCAGCUGUGGAUCCAGAUCUCAGCGGUGCCCUCGCGAUGAUAUACUGGGAUGAAGAGGAACGGCCGCCACCGCCUCCUCCAGGGGCGGCGGCGCCAGCGCCGGCGCGGCCGUCUUCCAAGCUGCCAGCCAAGCAUCCUGGCAGCGGUGCAGCGGUGGCGGAGUACGGCACCUCGGUGGCAGCAGCGGCGGCGCCGCCGCCGCAGCAGCCUGCCUGGCACUUCGGCAACGCCGGCUGGCUAAUGGUAAUGCCGACGGCAGCCGACGGCUCAGGAGACGUGGGUGGCGCAAGUAGCGCCGCCGCAAGCCAGCGAGGGGUUUUGGCAGGCCGUACAGCCGCCGAUGGUGCUGCUACCGCUCCCUCAGAUGCUCAGGACGAAGGGGAUGAGCAUGGCGGCGGAUCGGAUUCCGAAGGCGGCGAUGGGCACUGCUGUGACGGCGGCAGCAGCGGCGGCGGUGUAAGCGCCGCUGCGGCGGCGGGUGAUGGGCUAUGGCUCCCUGCGCCGCCACCGCCACCGGAUGACCUUUCCCUCUGGACGGUGCGCGUGUGGGACAUGCCUGUCAGCGCCGCAGAGCGCCGGAAACCAACCGCCACGGGUGGGGUCUCCAAGCGAAGGCUGCUGCAUGUGGCGGGGGCGAGGGCGGUGCUGGCGAGUGCGUUGGCGAGCGCGCUGCCGCCGCCGGAGGAGCGCCGCCGCGUGGCGCUGUACGGCUAUGUGGAGGUGCCGCCCAUCCUGCCGGGAGAUGGAAUCAUAUCCGCAUACACCAGCCUUUGGAGCACGGGCGCCUGGCUGGGACUGCUGACCGGCAUGGGCUUCGCGGUCGCGGUCUUCACGGACGCCUUUCGGCACAAGAAGAAUCACGGCCGUGCGGACGCGCUCCUCAUGGCCGCCUGGGCUCUGGGCGCCUCCCUGCCGCCUCGUCUGGCGGGCACUUUGCGCCGAAACCACAUGACUGUGGACGAGCUGCUGGCGGAGCAGCCGGCGGCGGCGCUGAUGUGGGGCCCGCCGCGGCCGCCGACGCCGACGGACGCGUACGGCAACCUGCUGACGCCGGAACGCGACAUGAUGGACGAGGUAUGGUACGGUAUUGGGGGAUGA